AGCUCACAAAGAGGUAGAGGGCGGCGACCACGACCAAGAUGAUCGUUGCGCUUGCUAUGUUGGCAACUUUUAUCAUAGCGGAGAUACAAGCUCACGGCCACAUCCGAGGCGGCGAAUCCAUGGCGUUGGUGCUGUCUGAGAAUCCUCCAGCUGAGAUAACCGACGAUUCGUGCGAUGCUUCAAGUGGCCCAGGGUGCCAACGCCGGCUGUCAGAACAAGACGAAGGACGCCUCGAUGCUCCUCCGGAGUUCAUACCGACGAAGGAGUGGCAAGAUAUUUUACCGAACCAAGCCAUUCCUCCGGGCUUGUACAUUCGUGUGAACCUUGAGACUGGCAAGAAAGAAGCCAAGCUCCUCGAGUAGAUAAUACACCGGGAUUAUUGAUAAGGAGAAAUGUAUUUUGUGAUUAUAGAGCGUAUUUGGAGAUAUUAUCGUCUUACUUUCACUUCGUAAU